CCGGGCACCGCCAACGCCUCGGACCCCGCCUGGGACUUCGCCUCGGCCCUCUUCUUCGCCAGCACGCUGGUCACCACCGUGGGCUACGGGUACACGACGCCACUGACCGACGCAGGCAAGGCCUUCUCCAUUGCCUUCGCGCUCCUGGGUGUGCCGACCACCAUGCUGCUGCUGACCGCCUCGGCCCAGCGCCUGUCGCUGCUACUCACACACGCACCUCUGUCUUGGCUGAGCACGCGCUGGGGCUGGGACCCCCGGCGGGCGGCCCGGUGGCACUUGGUGGUCCUGCUGGGAGUCAUAGUGACCACCUGCUUCCUGGUGCCGGCUGCGGUCUUUGCCCACCUGGAGGAGGCCUGGAGCUUCCUGGAUGCCUUCUAUUUCUGCUUCAUCUCUCUGUCCACCAUCGGCCUGGGCGAUUACGUGCCCGGGGAAGCCCCCGGCCAGCCCUACCGGGCCCUCUACAAAGUGUUGGUCACAGUCUACCUCUUCCUGGGCCUGGUCGCCAUGGUGCUGGUACUGCAGACUUUCCGCCACGCGUCCAACCUCCACGGCCUCACAGAGCUCAUCCUUCUGCCCACUCCAUGCCCUGCCAGCAUCAGCGAGGAUGAGGAUGACCGGGUGGACAUUCUGGAUCCCCAGCCGGAGUUGCACCGGCAGCUCUCUGCCAACUCCCACACCGACUACGCUUCCAUCCCCAGGUAGCCGGGGCAGGCACUGCCAGGCUGGGUGUGCCCGGCCUGGACCGAGGGGACUGUGUAACCAGAGCUGGC